UGAAAUAUCGGUAUAAAUCUUUGGCAGAGACUAUCACACUGUCAUGAACUUUCGAAAUAGCAAAGAUCAUGACUUUUACUGUCACGUGGAAACUUAUCUUAAAGCGUCUGAAAUUGUAUAAAGAGAGGCACGAUGCGUGGUAUUCAAAGCGUCGUUUUGUCUUUUAAUAAUUUUGUGUGUAUAUAUUAAUAAUGGACGAAUAACAUCAAUUAAACAUAUUAAAAAAUAACAUAUUAUUUACAUUAUUUAACCCGUAUUUUUUGGAAGAGGUGAAAAGAUGUCUGACGAAGAAGUAAUACGUCGAAGAUUACUCAUAGAUGGAGACGGUACUGGAGACGAUCGUAGAAUAAAUAUGUUGUUGAAAUCAUUCAUAAAAUGGAUAAAUAGCCCGGACGCGGAUAACACGUUGCACGAAAGAAUGUUGUCGCAACUCGCGCAAUGUGAAUUCGCGCAACGAAAAUCCAGACUAGUCUCAAAUAUGAGUCAGGAAGAAUUAAAAAGCUAUGAACAGUUAUCGAAAGAAAUUGAAAUUCAGAUAGAGGAGGCCAAAAGAGAUAUAGAAAAGACAAAGGCAGAGUUGCAGGAUGCAAAACGCGUGAGAAAAAACAGAAUUGAGUAUGAUGUGUUGGCUAAAGUCAUAAAUGAACAGCCAGAUAGGGUACAAACUAACUUAAAGCUGGCUACACUGCGCGAAGAAUUAGACAAAUUGAAGGAAAAAUCUGAACAAUUGGAACACAAAUUGGAAAUGAGACGUAAACAAUUUCAUGUUUUAAUCUCUUCUAUACAUUCUUUACAAGGAAUGUUGAAUGAGUGUGAUGAGGAAAUAAUGGAUGUGAGUUUAGAAAAUUAUGAGGAUACAGAUACUCCAAUGUCUUCUAAAGCAGAGGCAAAUUGAGGUUGUUGCAGCUGAAAAAAAAUAUUACAAAUAACACACAUUAUUAAUACUUCAAAGGUACUCGCGGGAGUAUAGGAGUCUGCAGAUAAAAUAUUAUUUUAUGUUUACUUGUAACGCGAAUUCGAUAGAUCGAAUGAUUUACGCUAUUUUGAUUCUAUAUAAUGUGAUAUCCGAUUGCGGAUACUACUAACACUGUA